ACGAGUUCGCGGCUGAAAGCGACGGCGGACAAGUCCGAGUUUUGCAGGGCGUCCUCCGGCCACCACAGCCAGCCCGGAGCAGUCUUCUCUACCGCUAUCCAUCUCAAACAACAUCCUCCGUCUGUAUCUCUGUCCAUACCCGCGUCCGUGUGCGAGCGAAUAUACGUACGUGGACGCACGCACUCGGCUGGUGGCUGGGGCUCAGAGUGCUGCUAUAAACAAGUGGCUGGCUUCCCUCCUCCCCGUACGCCCUGCCCAGGAAUAGGCGACGCGUCGGCCGCUGCAUGCGAUGCCGGGCGCAGGGACGGCCGAUAAGCUGGGCCAUCCGGCCAUGGCCUUUCUCGGCUGGUCGCCCUCGUGGACUUGCGGGCGGGAGGACGGCGGCGGGCUCACCCUCGCGUCGCCGUGCGUGCAGAGGGGUCUGGUCGACUGCGUCAAUGGUGUGCUCCUCGUCGCCUACGCCUCCGCGCUGCUCGCGGCCUGCGUCACGGGGCGGUGGGAUGGGCGGGGGAGAAGCGGCGGCGCAUGGCGGCGGUGGGGGGUGGCCGCGGUUUCCGCGUGCUGCGUGGCCGUCGCGGCGACGUACGCCGUCGCCGCGUUCGGGGGCUCCGCGGACGCGGCGGUCACCACGGCUUCCGUCGUCAGGGCGCUGGUGUGGGUGGCCGUGGCCGCCUCGUUGCACCUCCAGCCGACGAGGCCGGCGAGCGCCGUGGCCGUUCUCUGGUGGACGCUCUUCUCGCUGCUGAUCACCGCGUACAAUGCGGAGGUCCUUGCCAUGGGCCACGUGCUCGACGUCGCGGAGGCUGUCGCGUGGGCGGUCAACUUCCUCCUCCUGCUCUGCGCCCUCGGCUCGCUGCUGCUCCGGCGGAGCCGUGGCCACAAGGACGACGACGGCCUGUCCGAGCCCUUGAUUGACAAGGCGGUGCACGACUCGGAGCUCUACCGGGCCGGCCUGUUCAGCCAGCUCGCCUUCUCGUGGCUGAACCCUCUGCUCCGCCUCGGCCGCACAAAAGCACUAGACCUCGCCGACAUCCCGCUCAUCUCCUCCGAGGACUGCGCACGGCAGGCCUCACGUAGGUUCUCCGAGGCGUGGAGCCGCCACCGGCAGGACAAGGCGCAGAGCGGGAGAUCCAACGGCCUCGCCCUCGUCCUGUGCAAGUGCUUCCUCACGGAGAUCAUGAUCGCCGGCUUCUACGCCUUCAUGAGAACACUGGCGAUAGCCAUCUCCCCUAUAUUGCUCUUUGCCUUCGUACGGUACAGCUACCAAGAAGAAGAGAGAGAUCGCCGUGUCGGCCUGUCGCUCGUCGGCUGCCUCCUCGUCAUCAAGCUCGUCGAGUCGCUGUCGCAGCGGCAUUGGUUCUUCGACUCCAGGAGGACCGGGAUGCGCAUACGGUCCGCGCUAAUGGCGGCCAUCUUCCAGAAGCAGCUCAAGCUGUCCAGCCAGGGGAGGAAGAACCAUUCCACUGGGGAGAUUGUCAACUACAUUGCCGUCGACGCUUACCGGCUCGGCGAUGCUCUCAGCUGGUUUCACAUGGCGUGGAGCUCGCCGCUCCAGCUCGCCUUCGCAGUAGGCACGCUCUUCUGGGCGCUCAGGCUUGGGGCCAUCCCGGGUCUAGUCCCCCUGAUCAUCUUCGGCUUCCUCAACAUGCCGUUCGCAAAGCUUCUGCAAGGGUACCAGGCCAAGUUUAUGGUUGCACAGGAUGACAGGCUCCGGUCCACGUCCGAGGUGCUCAACAGCAUGAAGAUCAUCAAGCUGCAGUCAUGGGAGGAGAAGUUCCGGGCCAUGGUCGAGUCCCUCAGAGACGCCGAGUUCAUAUGGCUGAGGGAGACCCAGAUGAAGAAGGCCUAUGGCGCCGUCAUGUACUGGAUGUCCCCGACGGUCGUCUCGGCGGUGAUGUUCACCGCCACGGCGAUCCUGGGGAGUGCCCCCCUGAAUGCCAGUACCCUCUUCACGGUCUUGGCCACCCUGAGGGUCAUGGCUGAGCCGGUGAGGUUCCUUCCUGAGAUCCUAACAAUGAUGAUCCAGUACAAGGUGUCGUUGGACCGUAUCGAGAAAUUUCUCGUAGAAGAAGAGAUCAAAGAGGGUGCCGAGAGGGCGCCUCCACAAAACUCUGAUAUCAGGGUUCAUGUCCAAGAUGCAAAUUUCAGCUGGAAUGCGAGCGCGGCCGAUUUGGCGCUAAGGAAUAUUAACCUUAGCAUAAACCAAGGAGAGAAGGUGGCCGUCUGCGGCGCGGUUGGCUCGGGAAAAUCUUCACUCCUUUAUGCGUUACUUAGGGAGAUACCUAGAACAUCAGGAUCAGUUGACGUAUUUGGAUCACUGGCAUAUGUUUCGCAAAACUCAUGGAUACAGAGUGGCACUGUCCGCGACAAUAUACUCUUCGGAAAGCCCUUCGACAAGGAACUGUAUGAGAAGGCAACCAAAUCUUGUGCUUUGGACAAGGACAUAGAAAAUUUCAAUCAUGGAGACCUUACAGAGAUCGGUCAGAGAGGGCUCAACAUGAGUGGAGGUCAGAAGCAAAGGAUUCAACUUGCUAGAGCUGUUUAUAGCGAUGCAGAUAUCUACCUCCUAGACGACCCUUUCAGCGCGGUCGAUGCACACACUGCUGCGGUUCUUUUCUAUGAUUGUGUGAUGACCGCACUUUCAAAGAAGACCGUUGUUCUUGUGACGCACCAAGUGGAAUUUCUGACUGAAACUAACAGGAUUCUGGUAAUGGAAGGAGGCCAGGUUAAGCAACAAGGGAAAUAUGCAGACCUGCUGGAAUCCGGGACGGCAUUCGAGAAGCUAGUUUCGGCUCACCAGUCCUCAAUCACUGCACUGGAUACCACCAGCCAAGAAAACCAAGUCCAAGGGCAACAAGUGCUUGAUGACAGUAUCAUGCCGAGCACAUUGCUGGCGACGCGGCAGCCUAGCGAAAUCGAAGUCUCGACGAAGGGUCCUUCAGUGGCCCAGCUCACAGAAGAGGAGGAGAAGGGGAUCGGCAACCUCGGAUGGAAGCCAUACAAAGACUACGUACAAGUCUCCAAGGGCAUUUUACCUCUCUGUGGGAUGAUUACAGCUCAAGUGCUUUUCACAGUCUUUCAAAUCAUGUCCACAUAUUGGCUGGCCGUGGCUAUUCAGAUCAAUGUCAGUAGUUCUCUUCUGGUUGGGGCUUACUCCGGGAUCGCCAUCUUCAGCUGCUGCUUCGCCUACCUCAGAAGCCUGUUCGCUGCUACUCUGGGACUCAAGGCCUCCAAAGCAUUCUUUACGGGUCUAAUGGACUCUGUAUUCAAGGCUCCCAUGUCAUUCUUUGAUUCGACGCCCAUUGGAAGAAUAUUGACAAGGGCUUCAUCAGAUUUGAGCAUUCUGGACUUCGACAUACCUUACUCCAUGGCUUUUGUGGUGACCGGCGGUAUUGAGGUGGUCACGACAGUGCUGGUCAUGGGUACUGUAACCUGGCAGGUCUUGCUUGUAGCAAUCCCAGUCGCAAUAUCCAUGGUAUAUGUUCAGAGGUACUACGUGGACUCGGCCAGAGAGCUAGUCAGAAUUAAUGGUACGACAAAGGCGCCUGUCAUGAACUAUGCAUCGGAAUCGAUUCUUGGUGUGGUGACAAUCAGGGCUUUCGCGGCAACAGACAGGUUCAUCCACAACAACCUGCACCUUAUAGACAACGAUGCGACAAUGUUUUUCCACACGGUUGCCGCGCAGGAGUGGGUUCUUAUAAGAGUGGAAGCACUGCAAAGCUUGACCAUAUUCACAUCUUCAUUGUUCCUCAUUUUGGUUCCUCCAGGAGUAAUUUCACCAGGCUUUGCGGGUCUUUGCCUCUCCUAUGCUUUAAGCCUGACCGCGGCACAAGUUUUCCUGACACGGUACUAUUCCUACCUAGAAAACUAUAUCAUUUCAGUCGAGAGAAUCAAGCAGUAUAUGCACCUUCCAUCAGAGCCUCCCACCAUAAUACCAGACAGCAGGCCUCCAAUUUCAUGGCCACAGGAGGGAAGAAUAGACCUGCAAGAUUUGAAGAUUAAAUACCGCCCAAACACGCCACUUGUUCUCAAAGGAAUCACUUGCACCUUCCCUGCUGGAAACAGAAUUGGGGUUGUCGGGAGGACAGGAAGCGGGAAAUCAACACUUAUCAGCUCACUCUUCCGUCUCGUUGAUCCUGUGGGUGGGAAGAUACUUAUUGACAACUUGGAUAUCUGCUCUAUUGGUCUCAAGGAUCUAAGAACUAAACUGAGUAUUAUCCCCCAAGAACCUACACUUUUUAGAGGGACUGUGCGCAAUAAUUUGGACCCCCUUGGUCAGCAUUCCGAUGAUGAGAUAUGGGAGGCCUUGGAAAAGUGUCAGCUGAAGAGAUCAAUUAGCAGCACUGCUGCUCUUCUCGAUACAGUAGUGAGUGAUGAUGGCGAUAACUGGAGUGUUGGGCAGCGCCAGCUCUUCUGUCUCGGCAGAGUUCUCCUCCGUAGGAACAAAAUUCUAGUGUUAGAUGAAGCAACAGCGUCCAUCGACUCUGCCACUGAUGCAAUCCUACAGGCUGUCAUCAGGCAGCAGUUCACUAGUUGCACAGUGAUAACCAUUGCUCACAGGGUCCCUACUGUGACAGACAGUGACAGGGUCAUGGUACUUUCCUAUGGUAAACUUCUAGAAUAUGACACACCCGCAAAGCUGUUGGAAGACAAACAAUCAGCCUUUGCUAAACUUGUGGCGGAGUAUUGGGCUAAUUGCAAGCGGAACUCAACAUGAUUCUAUCAUUGUGUCAGGGCAUGAUAAACGAGAUGAGCAAUUCAAUUAAGAGAUUUGAGGUACAGAAAGAUAGUUAUCCCAGCUUCUUGAAUUCCAUGCUUGGUUUCUUGUAUUGUCGAUGUGGCUUCGGUUGUUUGAGUCGUCAUUGUUGGUGUUCUCGUCAGGUUUUUUUUGUAUUGUGUAGGUGGGGUGAGCUACGAUUAUUGUGAGUUACGAGUUGUGUGGUCAUGGUGAGUAGCCCCCUUUUGGGUUGUUUGUAUUGGUUUUUGCCCGGUUUUCCGAGAAUUAACUGGGCAAUUCUCUUCUUCUUAAUUAAUCGAUGUGACAAAUAUUUUGCCUCCGUUUCAAAAAAUCUGUAACAAGACUGACCUUGUCCUCCUCCCUUGCUGGUUGGCUCAAUUAGUGGAAAUAAAGAAGGCAUCGACAACAAUGUAAAGCUGGUCAUUGAUCGCAAUUUUUUGGAGAUAAGGUUGAUAGGGAGAACUAGCUCAAGAUGCAUUGAGUUGAGUCCUCCAAGACAAGCAUGUCAGCAGGGAUGUUGAGAUCCAUUGCAUAUUGGAAUAAAGGAUCCACCUUUAGCGUGAGAAAUGGUACACUUCAUAUGUAAGUUCUACUAUUGAAUAACAAGCAAAAAAGGAAGUGUGAGACAAAAAAAAAUACUAUGUACUUUGUGUUAAAUAAGGUUGGUUGUACCGCGGUGGAACUGCGUGUUGUUAAGAAUGAAGAUAGUGCCAAGAACCUUUUAGGAUUUUAUGCAGUGAAGUUAUGCUUUCUUCGUA